CUGUUGUUCCACUUCUUGCAUUCUCUCACCGCGCCUUCUUGAUACCCAGUACACCUUCUAAUAUUGCGCACUUUCCACCACUUUCUUUCUCGACUGCGCACUUCACUGUCGCGCUUGCCACGACCUUCAACGGCGUGACUGCUUCUUGGACUUGAAUGCGCCUGACCAUCCCCGCAACAGAUGAGCGUUGUUGUCUCUAGGCUUCCACUUCUUCACUCUCAAUGCAGUCCAUGUUCCGCCUCCCAUGGAGUACGGAGUCGCCUGGCGACAGAAUCAUGGAGAAGGCUACGCUGCACAAGUCAAGACAGAUGCCGGUCGUUGAAAUCCCAGCUUUCAACAUGAACCAAAUCAAGCGCAAGGCGACUGACAGUCCCGAGCCGGCAUCAACGCAGCAUGCGCACGCAGUGAAGAAGUGGAAAGACGCCCAAGGCGAGCUGAAGCCCGUGGUGGCGAGCCGUAGUAUGGACGGUGGCGCAACUGAGUCUCCGCGAUCGGAAGAUGCGCAGAGCGUGCCUCAGGCAGCUUCUGCGGAUAUUCUGGACUCGCGACCAAAAGCACCGCUACCACGGAAGGACAGCGUAAUGAAGGCCAGGACAUCGAAGCCCCAGAAAGUCAAUGUGAAAUCUGAAACUGUCAACACUCCUGAGACUUCGACGACAUCAAACUUGACCGCUGUACAACAAGCGAUCGAGGCGCAAAUCAGCUACGAAAUUCUUCUGAAGCAUAACGAGCUUCGUCUGAUUGAGCAGGAGUUGGCCAAAUGUCAGGUUUCGCUGGAGCAGCUGCGCCGAUGCUCGAUGAUUCCGUUCCCAGGCACUGAAGGUCUCUUUGACGACCUCAGCCGUGGUGUUGGCGCUGCUCUGCAGCCGCCUGCCGGCUACACAGAGCCUCAGAACGCUGCGCCUUGGGGAGUCACCGAUGGUCCAUACACUCGUCAUUACGCCAAGUGGUUGAUCUCGGACAUGCAGUUUGACCCUGUGUCUGAACGUGCGCUCGCUCAGCAGCAGAGCUACUUCGGAAUUGGUGAAGGCAGGGCGACGCGUGGCAGUUUCGGUGACUUUGGUCAUGGAAACAGGGGCCGCACGUCACGAACUUCGACUGGAAUGUUGAAGCUCCCGCCGCUCGGUGAAAAUCCAGCACCAGUUCCAAAGAUUGAUCCUCUGCUGCACAAGCGAUCCACCGACGGUCAGUGGGUCCGACUUUACUGCGCUCAAUGCGGUCACAGCAACUUCUCCAACACGCAAGGUUUCCUCAAUCACUGCCGUAUCAAGCACAGCCUUGUCUUCAAGAGCCACGACCAGGCAGCCAUCGCCUGCGGUGUUCCGGUGGACAUCAACGAGGCUGGCCAACCGGUCACGGCUACUGAGCCCGUCAGCACGCCAGCCUUGGCACCUGCAGUGUCGUUCUCCAUGCCCGCUACACCUGGCAUUGUGAACCCUCUUGCAGCGCAAUCCACCCUGACUGCGCAGGCCAAGAACGUCCAUCGUGAUUUCAACGCUUCCCCACGGGAGGAGUCGAAGCCUGUCUCUGCCAACUUUACCGGCUCGCCAUCAACGCCGCAUCUGAGUGCUUUGGCUCAAAAGCGCGGGUUUGAGGGCAACCUGAAGGAGCUUGUCACCACUGCUCGAUCGAAGGUUGACCUUGACGCGAUGGAGCACUCAGAUGACGAUCUCGCGGACACCACUGCGGCUCCGACCCCAGUCAAUGCCAACCCGCCUCAGCUAGCGCGCCUUCCCGCUAGCGCCCCCAACAAAGCGCCUGCAAGCAAGGCUCCCUUGGCACGACCAGGCAGUAGGAAGGGCAAUCAAGCCAGCCACGCCCGACUUCCGUUCUCGUUGCCGUCCCCCGUCAAGUCAGAGUGUGACGAGCACAUGCCAGACUCGCCGUUGGACCUCAGCCCUCACACCGUUGACUCCAACCCUGGUCUCGUGAGCGAUCACGAUGACGAUGAUGACGAUGACGAGGACGCGCACAGCCAGCCUGACUUUAUGCUUCACGACGACGUCGUUGUUGAAGAUGCGAGCGACGUGGAAGGCUCGCACGAGCGCGCAAGCUCUCGCCAUGGGCUGGACAGCUGCUGCGACAAGGGAGAGAUGAGCCACAAGCAUUAGGCAGCGAGCGGGUUAAUUCUGCCUCUCCUUCUCGCCUUUCUUGCUUUUAGAAUUUACGCCUUUUUCUCACCGUCGACAGUUGUCGGCGGCUAUACAUGAUACCAACCUUUAGUUGGCAGUUUGCCAGCGGACUCUCUCAAGCUUCUCAACAGCUUGCGCGCGUCUGCUUCUCCUCUUGCGCUGUUUUUUUCCUUCAUCGAUACCCCGGCUCGAUGAUUCUCCAAAAUCUACCGGUCAGAAA